ACCGGAGUGAAGCUUAUCUUUGGGAAGGGUACCAUAGUACACAUUCAACCAAAAGAGGGACCAGAUACACCAACUUUCUAUGAGCUGGAAAAAGAAACAAUUAAAGCCUGCCUGGCCACUGACUUCAGACUUCAUAAUGCACCUGACGAAACAGCCCUUUUCAAUAAAACGGAUAAAACAGAUGCCACUGUUAUUAAGGAUGAGGAGUUAUAUAGCAAGGCUGUCAUCAUGUCAGAGGGAGACACUUGCCCGGAUCCAGGAUCCAAUUGUGAAGCUGGACCAGGUGGAGAUAUGGACCCAGAUCCAAAGUUGAACUUUUUGACGCUGAGUGUUCUGGGUCUGAGAAUCCUCUUCCUGAAAACCAUUGUGUUCAACGUUCUGAUGACUGUCCGGGUCUGGAUGAGAUAGUCAUGUCUGUGACUUGGGAGGGAAAUUUGUCUACCCAAGUUGCCUGAAUCAUGUUUGACUGGAUUUCACACACACACACCACACACACACACACACACACACACACACACACACACACACACACACACACACACACACACACACACACACACACACACACAUACACACACACACACACACACACAUACAAAAUCUUAACAGUAUAUAGUGUAAAAAGUAAAAUCUCUCUGUUCAAUAUUUUGAAUUAUUCUGACUAGAAUAUUCAUUCAUUCAUUCAUUCAUUUAACAAAUAGUCUACUGAAACUAAAUAUUUUGAUGAAACAGUUCUUAUAAUACAUUUUUGGAGUGCAUGAAAUCAUUAUGCCAUAUUGUUAUACGGAAUGUCUGCUGUAUCUAUACAUGUUAAUCUACUUCAAACCAUCAGUUCUGUAAUGCACACCUAACUUCAAUUAUGUGUUAAGCCUGAUUGUGUAUGGAUUUAUGUCUGCCAUGUUACAUUUUCCUGACCAGUGCUUUAGUUACAGAAUGGCUAUAAUUGUACCAGGAAGCCAAUUAGCUAAUUACUUGCUUAAUUGUAAAUGUACGAGUGAGUUACUUUUUGAAUUGCAAUACACAAAUAUUUUAUUUCAGUAUUGUAAAGCAUGUUUUUCUCUCUAAUAGUGUAUAUACUGACUCCAGCAUAAUCAUUUAUGUCUGUGAAGAUAUUUUGCUGAAAAUAAAAUACAUUAAAAAAUCA